GCUGGACGCGUGUGUGCGAAGUCCCUUCCAGACGACUGAUGCCCCUCCGGGUCGGGUCGGUUGGGAGGAGGUGUUAGGGCUGAGCUUUGGGAAGAGGCCGAGCUGGGCUCUCUUAAUCUAAGCAGCAGGACACAAUGGGUGAUUUUGAAAACGGCAAAAAGCUGUUUGUUCAAAAGUGUUCUCAGUGCCAUACAGUCGAAAAAGGUGGAAAACACAAAACGGGCCCAAAUCUUGGGGGUCUGUUAGGUCGUAAGACAGGACAAGCUGCUGGAUUUUCCUACUCAGAUGCUAACAAGAAUAAAGGUAUUGUCUGGAGUGAAACUACAUUGAUGGAAUAUUUAGAGAAUCCAAAGAAAUACAUUCCUGGAACUAAAAUGAUUUUUGCUGGCCUUAAAAAGAAGACUGAUAGAGCAGAUCUUAUUGCAUACUUGAAAAAAGCAACCUCUUGAUGAAAUACUAUCACAGCUUCUGUGAUAUCAACUAAAAUUUCCAGUUUGAAUAAGUCUUAUGCGGCAACUGGUGUUUCGUUAUUACACUACCAAUUGUUCAUUAGGUAUUAGUUAAGAAACAUCAAAUAAAAGUUGAUCUUUUCAGACACU